GCUCGGAAACUAUAAAUUUGUGAAGCCCGACGCUUGUGUUCUUCUUUGCUGGUUCUCUCUCUAGAGACUGGCGUCUUUUCUACAGUUGCAGAGGCUCAACAAUGGGGGAGGGAGGUUCAGAGACUGAACAAAAACCACAGAACGAUGAAUCCAUGGAUUCAAUCCCCGCACCACCACCAUCAAAGCAUCGCCUGCAACACAAAUGGACCUUCUGGUUUGAUAACCUAUCCAAAUCCAAGCAAGGAGCUUCAUGGGGUUCAUCUCUUCGACCUGUUUACUCCUUUGACACAGUCGAGGACUUUUGGUGCCUUUAUGAUAACAUUUUUCGACCGAGCAAAUUACAGGUUAAUGCCGAUUUCCAUUGCUUUAAGUAUGGGAUUGAGCCCAAGUGGGAGGAUCCUGUGUGUGCAAGUGGGGGCAAGUGGACUGUUCCAGUUGCUAAUAGGAAGCCCAUGCUUGAAACUAUGUGGCUUGAAACAUUGAUGGCUUUGAUUGGAGAGCAAUUUGAAGAAGGUGAGGACAUAUGUGGGGUUGUUGCUAGUGUGCGUGCAAGGCAGGAUAAGCUUUCUCUUUGGACUAGGACUGCAUCAAAUGAAGCUGCUCAGGUGAGCAUUGGUAGGCAGUGGAAAGAGAUAACUGAUUUCACGGAGAAGAUUGGAUACAGUGUCCAUGAUGAUGCCAGAAAGGAUAGACAAUCAAAAAGAUAUACUGUCUAGUACAUGGUAUUGGUGUGUUCUUUUUCUUCCGUGUUCUUAAGAGCUCAUAUGAUUUUAAUGACCCAUCUUGUUCUGUUUUAAUAGUAUGUUGAACUUUUAACAAUGAAAUAUUGAUGGCUCUGUACAUGGUAUUGGUGUGUUCUUUUUCUUCCGUGUUCUUAAGAGCUCAUAUGAUUUUAAUGACCCAUCUUGUUCUGUUUUAAUAGUAUGUUGAACUUUUAACAAUGAAAUAUUGAUGGCUCUGUAAAUCUGUACCUUGGUCUCUUUCAUGUAUUCUUCUUUCUCAUACUAUUUUUGCUUCAAACUUCAAAGUUUAGGAUGAGAAAUGGGGAAACACGUUUCUGA